AUGGCGGCGGAACUUUCCGCUGGGACUAUCGUCGCCAUGUCUCCCCCACCGGUCCUCGACAAUCCCGGCGAUAACAACAACAAAAAUAAUACUACUGCGUCCAUGACCCCACCUGCUAGCGCAGAUGGCGAGAAGACGUCCUCCUCCCUCGACCACAACAAUACCUCGUCCUCGUCCCCCGCUGCUUCUUCCGCUGCAUCGUCGACGUCGGAACUGUCAGAUAUGGAUAUCGACUCCAAUUCCAAUUCAAAGACAGAUGCCAAUUCAAAUGCCCCCGCAGCGCCUGAGUCGACAGCAACCCCAGCGGCAGAUGAAAUUCGUCCCGAUCAUUAUUAUGGCGGCGGGAAGAUUCCGGUUUUUAAACCUACAAUGGACCAAUUCCGCGAUUUCGCUUCCUUUGUACAGAAGGUCGAUAGCUACGGCAUGAAGUCCGGUGUUAUCAAAAUCAUACCGCCAAAGGAAUGGACCGAUGCACUCCCGUCCCUCGAAGAACCUAUAAAGUCCAUUCGGGUCAAGAACCCAAUCAUGCAGGAAUUCCACGGUUCACAUGGAACCUUCACGCAGGCGAAUAUCGAAAAACAGCGCUCCUAUAACCUACCACAAUGGAAAUCACUUUGUGAGGAGAGCAGCCACCAACCACCAGCCCGACGGGGUGAGCGUCGACGGAAUCAGGAAAAGGUGAAUCGGGGCGGUGCGCACAAGUCACAAUCUAGGUCAAACUCGCAACGACGGAAGCCUGGUCCCAAACCCAAGCGUGUGGAAGUGGAUAAGCCUGUGGAGGACUCUUCAGAGGCCCAUCUGGAUAAAUCAAAGCCGGAAAGCCCACCCACACCUGUGUCUCCAGAAUCGAAGCCCGUGGAAACCAAAACAGAAAUCCUUAGUGAUGGCGAAUCACUACCCGCUCCGAAACCUAAAGGAAGACAACCCAAAUCUGUUUCUGCCCGGAGAAAAUACAAUCGCGGCGAUGCAGCCGAUCACAUUGAUGAAGAAGCUUUCAAAGAUUUUGACUACCGUCUUUCUGGCACUGAGGAAUUCACCCCUGAACGAUGCGAGGAGCUGGAAACCGCUUAUUGGAAAUCCUUAAUGUACAACAAUCCUAUGUACGGUGCGGAUAUGCCUGGGUCCCUGUUCGAUGAUAGCGUAACGUCAUGGAACGUUGCCAAAUUACCGAAUCUACUUGAUGUGCUUGGCCAGAAAGUUCCUGGAGUUAAUACUGCUUAUCUAUAUCUGGGUAUGUGGAAGGCAACCUUCGCCUGGCACUUGGAGGAUGUGGAUUUGUAUAGUAUAAACUAUAUCCACUUUGGCGCCCCGAAACAGUGGUAUAGUAUUUCCCAGGAGGAUCUGGGAAAGUUCGAAGCGGCUAUGAAGAGUGUCUGGCCAACGGAUGCGAAAAACUGCGACCAAUUCCUUCGCCAUAAAACUUACCUUAUCUCCCCGUCUCUUCUAAAGUCGCAAUUUGGUAUCUCCGUGAACAAGAUGGUCCAUUAUGAGGGAGAGUUUGUCAUCACCUAUCCUUAUGGAUACCAUUCGGGAUUCAAUUUGGGAUACAAUUGUGCUGAAUCUGUGAACUUUGCGACCGAAAGCUGGCUGGACUAUGCUCGUGUCGCGAAGAAAUGCAAUUGUGAAGCUGAUAGUGUUUGGAUCGAUAUCGGUGAAAUCGAACGCAAACUGCGGGGCGAAUCUACACCGGAAUACUAUGAUGAAAUCGGUAGUUAUCUGGACGAGAUGGACAUGGACGGGGUUUCAGAUCUGCUCACGCCUCCCCGUAGCGUCCCGGAAAAAUCCGGGACUCGACUCAAGAAACGGAAGCGCGAGGGCCACGAAUCGAAAGCUAAACGAGCCAAGCUACAUGUGGCUGGUCCGAAGAAGAUCCGUUGUGUCCUCUGUCCGAACACCAUGGAUUACGAGGAACUUCUUCCCACGGAAGAUGGCAAAUCUCAUGCCCAUCGGAGGUGUGCAACUUAUAUCGAAGAGACGACAAUCCUUAGGGACGAUUCUGGCGCUGACGUUGUGUGCGACGUCGAUAAAGUUCCCAAGGCCCGCAUGGGAUUGAAAUGCCUGUUCUGUCGCGAAAUCAACGGCGCCUGCUUCCAGUGCAUGCACGGAAAAUGUACUAGAGCCUACCACCCUACUUGUGCUUUGCUUGCUGGUGUACAAGUGGAGUUUGGAGAGGUUGCCGUCAUGGCUGAUGACGGGCAGGAAUAUUCUGUGCCCGGCGUGGAUUUGAAAUGCAAGUAUCAUCGGCCGAAGAAGUAUGCUUACAUGCAGGGGGAGACGUUGGAUUCGGAUCCGAAGUCGAUUCAGACGGCGAGGAACAUUCAGACAGGGGAGUUGGUACAGUUUCAGGCUGAUAAAGAGAUCAAUGGCGCUAUUGUGCUUGAGAAUCGGCCAGCUGAGAGGUCCGUGCUGGUUAAAAUUCUGCCGAGAGGUAAUGUGAUUGAGUUGCCGUACAGAUUUUUGUUGAUUGUGAAAAAAUCAUCGUUCCCCCCGCUGCCGGCCGGGAUUAAACCUCUGCCAUCCCACCUUGCGCGAAAACCAGAUGCCAAGAAAGAUUUGGCGUCGUCCGUCCCAUCUCCCGGGACUCCGUUUGGUGAUGCGCGCCCGUUUACAAGGCACCCAACCGCAACACAACGCCCCACAGCAACGUCAGCUUCAGUUUCUCAACCCACACAAACCACAACGGCCAAACCACAACCCGUAAAAUCGCCUGCUGUCGCUACUGCUACUCCUUCUACUACCGCCAACAUCACCCAUAAUAUAAUAAAGUCUCAACCAGUUAAAUCGUCACAAAUCAUAUCCCAGUCGCCCAUUUCCCAACCAACCAACCCUCAACUGCCAAUUGAAAAGCCACAACUACCCGAGCCUCCUAAUAAUAACCAUAAAAUGUCAGUAUGGGCCGGUGACAUCACAUCCCAGUUCACCAUGGCCAGACGUCUUGUGGCUUCGAUUACAGACCACGCCAAUCUUCGUGCCGGAUAUACCAUUGUCAAUUCCGACUUUGUUGUCCAGACACUCUUGGGACACGCUGGUUCGGUGCUACCCAAGAAUGGGAUGGAAAAGCUCAAGACGGCCAUGUCGGAGUCUAUGGUUAAGCCUAAGAGCAGCGAUCAUCAUAUUAAUAAUAAUAACACUCAUAAUAACGACACUAAUUGUGGCCCCUUGCAACCGUUAAAUAUGAAGGCCGAUGAAGUAGAUCAUCUGCUACGAAUGCUGCGAUUUGCUCUUUUGAAUCUAACCCCAAAGCGGCGCCAGUCGUCUAGCGUGUACCAAUCGCCAUAUGCCCCCGGGUUUGGUUUUUCGGGCUAUGCUAGGCGGGAAUACAAUUUGAUUGGUGAGGUGUUUGCCGAGCCGAAGCCAUCGCUGGCUAUUGAGUAUUUCGACGGUCUUUCGCAGGAGGAUAAGGAAAAGGUUAUUGAGGCUUGUGGGGUGGACGUUACAGUACCGAGAAGGAAGAUACGCAUGCAGGUACCCACCGUUGAGGAACAUUUGACGCUUGAAACUGGCAGCAGCAACCAUAGUAAUCACCAUGUCGGGGUGAUGGGUGUUGGUGUUUCAAGAUUCGGACAGCAGCCGUCCUCGCUGUCCUCAUCAUCGUCAUUCCCCGGCGCGUCGUCCCUAGAUGCUAUGACCAUGGAUGAUCCACACCAUCACCACCACCUCCACGGCCUCCAUAAUCAUAACCAGAAUCAAAACCAUCUCUCCGUCUUCGACAUGCACAUGUCCAUGACCAUGCCCCUCCCCGCAUCUGCUGACUCCCCAGCCUCCGCUUCUGGCUGCUCAACCUUCGGUCGUCCCCCACUCCGCUACCAGUCCCCACACGACUUCUCUCUCCACAUCGAUCACGAAUCCUCCAUCCUCCCCCGGCAUCUCCACGACCACGACCUUUUCGGUGACCAGCAGGCGAACCAGCGCUUCUGGCAGCGUAGCGUCGGGCCAUGGGUUGAUGGUGAUUGUGAAAAUAGCGAUGCAGGUGGAGGUGGGAAAUCACAGGACGGGCGGGAGAGAGAUGAUGAGCAUAGACCAUUUUUUGGACCGCAUGAGAGGCCGACGAUUGGUGGUGGCGGCAGUGUUGGUAGUGCUGGGGUUGGUUGUGGGAGUGUGGGAAAUGAUUAUGCGUCGUCAGAUCUGGAUAUGGGAAGGGGCCCAGGCUCGCUUCAUAGUAUGGAUAUGGUUGGGUUUGGCUUCGAUGUACCAGACGAGGGAGGUAGUCCUUGA